CGGUACCUUCCACCAGCGCUCCACGAUGACCGUGCCCUGGCGGCCAGGAAAGCGACGAGGGGAAAAACACGUAACUACCUCUACCCGAUCUGGUCACCAUACGCCUAUUACCUUUACUGUUACAAGUACCGGAUCACCCUCCGGGAGAAGAUGCUGCCUCGUUGUUAUAAAAGCAUCACUUAUAAGGAAGAGGAGGACUUGACACUCCAGCCCCGUUCCUGCCUCCAGUGCUCCGAGUCCCUAGUAGGCCUCCAGGUGGGCAAAAGCACCGAGCAGGGUAACCACGACCAACUUAAAGAACUGUAUUCGGCUGGGAACUUGACGGUGCUAGCUACUGAUCCCCUGCUCCACCAGGACCCAGUACAGUUAGACUUUCACUUCCGCCUCACCUCCCAAACCUCCGCCCAUUGGCACGGCCUUCUCUGUGACCGUCGACUCUUCCUGGAUAUCCCAUAUCGGGCCUUGGAUCAAGGCAACCGGGAAAGUUUGACUGCAACGCUGGAGUACGUGGAAGAGAAGACAAAUGUGGACUCCGUGUUUGUGAACUUCCAGAAUGAUCGGAACGACAGAGGUGCCCUGCUGCGGGCCUUCAGCUACAUGGGCUUUGAGGUGGUCAGACCAGGUCACCCUGCCCUCCCUCCCUGGGACAAUGUCAUCUUUAUGGUGUAUCCCCUUGAAAGGGAUGUUGGCCACCUGCCCAGUGAGCCUCCUUGAACGUGCUUAUUCCAACGCUUUGAGGGGCUGGAAGCCUUGACACCUGGGAAUCAGGGGCCUGAGAUGUAAUUCAGAACACCUUCCAUCCUAGGAAUAAAGGGUAGUUGCAAUCA